AUGACGAAAGCGGAAGUCCUGUGGCAGACGCAGGACGCUAGGCCGGCGCUGGGGGCUGGGAUCGCGGAAGCUCCGUGGGGAGGGUCGGGCGCAGUCUGAGUGCCGGGUGGUUUCCGAACAGGUUCCCGAGGGAGGCAGCCGCGAGGUUCCAAGCCGCCGGCCUGCGUGCGUUCGGGCCGCUCCAGGUGUGAGUCGACGUCGCCCUGUGGCCUGCCUCUGCCCCCGGCCCUCCCCGGGGAGCCGCCUCGGGUCUCCGCCAUGGCGUCCACCCCGACCAACCUGCAGAAAGCCAUAGAUCUUGCCAGCAAAGCGGCCCAGGAGGAUAAGGCCGGGAACUACGAGGAAGCCCUUCAGCUCUACCAGCAUGCUGUCCAGUAUUUUCUCCAUGUGGUUAAAUAUGAAGCACAAGGUGAUAAAGCCAAGCAAAGUAUCAGGGCGAAGUGUACGGAGUAUCUUGACAGAGCAGAGAAGCUGAAGGAGUACCUGAAGAAGAGAGAGAAGAAGCCCCAGAAGCCGGUGAAGGAGGGGCAGCCGGCCCCCGCCGACGAGAAGGGGAAUGACAGUGAUGGGGAAGGAGAAUCUGAUGAUCCCGAAAAAAAGAAACUGCAGAAUCAACUUCAAGGUGCCAUUGUUAUGGAGCGACCCAAUGUGAAGUGGAGCGAUGUUGCUGGUCUGGAAGGAGCUAAAGAAGCUCUGAAAGAGGCCGUGAUAUUGCCUAUCAAGUUUCCUCAUCUCUUUACAGGCAAGAGAACACCUUGGAGGGGAAUCCUGUUAUUUGGGCCACCUGGAACAGGAAAAUCCUAUUUGGCCAAAGCUGUAGCCACAGAAGCAAACAACUCAACGUUUUUCUCAAUAUCUUCCUCUGACCUUGUUUCUAAGUGGCUGGGUGAAAGUGAAAAGCUAGUUAAGAACUUAUUCCAACUUGCCAGAGAGAAUAAACCUUCGAUUAUCUUCAUUGAUGAAAUCGAUUCUCUGUGUGGUUCAAGAAGUGAAAAUGAAAGUGAAGCUGCAAGAAGAAUUAAGACAGAAUUCCUAGUUCAGAUGCAAGGGGUUGGCGUGGACAAUGAUGGAAUUUUGGUUCUGGGAGCUACAAACAUACCCUGGGUUCUGGAUUCUGCCAUUAGGCGAAGGUUUGAGAAACGAAUUUACAUUCCUUUGCCUGAGGCCCAUGCCCGAGCAGCAAUGUUUAAACUGCACUUGGGGGCCACUCAGAACAGUCUGACAGAAGCAGACUUCCGGGACCUUGGAAAGAAAACUGAGGGCUAUUCAGGGGCGGACAUAAGUAUCAUUGUACGGGACGCACUCAUGCAGCCAGUUAGGAAAGUACAGUCAGCUACUCAUUUUAAAAAGGUUCGCGGACCUUCACGAGCUGAUCCUAACAACAUAGUAGAUGACCUGCUAACGCCCUGCUCUCCAGGCGACCCUGGUGCCAUUGAGAUGACGUGGAUGGAUGUCCCUGGGGAUAAACUUUUGGAGCCAGUUGUUUGCAUGUCGGACAUGUUACGGUCACUGUCCAGCACAAAGCCCACAGUCAAUGAACACGACUUGUUGAAGCUAAAGAAGUUUACAGAAGAUUUUGGCCAAGAAGGCUAGACCAAAGACAGCAAGGAAGACGUUUACCAUGUGUGUUCUCUCUUUCAUAGGCAGUUUUGCUUUUCCUGGAUGGCAGUCAGAUUAUUUCUGAUAAAACUCUUUUACCACAGGAGAAUAGAGAUCUCACUUCAGCAUUCCUUUAAGUUUUAUUUGUACUUUUGCUCCAUUUCCAAUUAAAUCCUCCUGUUAACAAAAAUUAUAAAGUAAUGGGCCAUAAGAAAAUGAGUGAUAUACAAAAACAGGGAAAAAAACAAAAUGAGUGAUAUAUAAAUAGCAGAAAAAUAGAAAUUACCCAGUAAAAAGAAAAUUAAAAUUGAUUGACAUACAAAUAUUUUAAAUUGUUAGGAAGAGUGGUCUUUGCAAAGAGCAUUCUUUUUUUUUUCCCAACUAAAAUGAAAUGGGGCUUAUUUCAUAUUUUGGAAAAAAAAAUCUUAAGCAUCAUUCUUGUCAAAGUAAGAUUUAUUUGCUUUACUAAAAAAAUGUUAAAUGCUUUACUCUCAGGGAUGGGCAGUAAAACAGCAGAGAACAUGUGAUCAGGCUUCAAAGGUUCUUAACUGUGUUGUAGCCAAGGGUCUGAUUGAUUUUCGAUAGGUUGACUUUUUCUCUCCAUGUAGAUUUAAAUAGUUUCUAUAAAAGUCGCAGGCUUUUUUAUAUUUACCUAAGUAAUACCUUUCACUGUGCAAUCUUUAGAGAAUGACUCUCUCAGUUCGGCAUUGUCUUUAUUUUGAAGAAGAAAAUUGUGUCUUUCAAUGUCUUUUUGUAGCAAGAUUGACCAAAACAGGUGGUGAAUAAAUAUGUACUUUUUAAAUAAUUCUGUCAUGAAAUACUGUAUGGGAACCUUUACUUAAAGGAACAAACGGCCUCCCUUUGGAUUAUGGAAAGUUUCUUGUCUGUGAUAUCGGGGUGUGUGUGUAUAUAUAUAUAUAAAUUUUUUAAAUAUAGGAAAGCUAGAGUCUUGUCUUUGACCUUUUAAGUUCAGGGAACAGCUUGUCCUGACCACACAUAUGUUAUCAGUGUAAUGUUUCAUGAAGCUUUAGAAAUGAGCUUGUAGUCUCCUUAAAUAAUAAAAUGCAAACAUAAUUUUACGUUGUUUUAAUGCCCUCAAGUAAAUAAUCUGAGGGGUGUGUUACACACCUGAGCACCAACACUAAGUUGUGCCUUGUACAUUUGCAGUGGCCUCUCCUUGCAGAGUAUUAUUAAGUCGGCUAGAAUGAGGUGGUGUUCCUUAAUUUACUAUAAAGUUCUGCCUUGCAAAUGCUAUAGAAUAACUUGCAUUUUAAAGUCUUUUUGCACAUUUUACAUAUUAUGCUAUAUGGUUGCCUUGGGGUUUUCUGUACAGAUUGUUUUUGUUGAUAUUAAAUGGAAAUCAUAGGCCCAAAAUACGCUGUUCUUACAUGAAGUAAAUGGAUAUAACCUAC